CGAUAGGCUUCGCCCGAAGAAGACUUCCAUAAUUUGCCGCAGUAUCCAGUUUUCGACAGGGUGCCCCCCCACCUCCUCCUUCACUUCUCUUCAGCUUCACCAAGCAACAACAAGCUCGUAUUAUUCGUUUCGAAUUGUAUAUAUAAACAAACGAUUAAUAGCGUGAGUGGAACGAAUGGGAGAAGGGAGAGAAGGAGACUGGGAGUGCAGCGGAUGCAAGAACAGGAACUACGCCUUUAGAUCUUUCUGCAACAGAUGCAAGCAGCCUCGUCUUCUUGUUGACACCAAAACCCCUGCUGAUUCCAAAUGGCUUCCUCGUAUUGGUGAUUGGAUCUGCACUGCUUGCACUAACAACAAUUAUGCAUCAAGAGAGAAAUGCAAAAAGUGCGGGCAACUGAAGGAGAUAGCGGCGAUGCCGGCAAUUGCGAUGCCCGGAGCUUCUCUCCCGACUUAUUCGCAAUAUUUUGCCAGGGCCCAAGGAACACUGGAACAGAAGAUGAACGUCGGAUUUUUAGGCAGUGGUUCUCCCCAGCAGUUGCUUCCUUUGAGUUUCAACUGGCAUGUAGGCGGUGCUGAUAAUUACGGACUUCAGUCAGCAUCCACGUGGCCUUUAGCUGGAAACCAAACUCCUAGGGUUCCUUAUGCCAGUCCUGGUACUCAGCCGCUUUCUGUUCCAAAGGGAUGGAGAAAUGGUGACUGGAUUUGCAACUGUGGCUUCCAUAAUUACUCUUCACGUUCCCAGUGCAAAAAUUGCAAUGCAUCCAUACUGCCGGCACUAGGAACUAAGCGAUUAGCAUCUGAGGAAUUUAUACACGAUUGGGAUCAUAAAAGAUUGAAUUCAGGACAUGGUUCUGGAUUUGAUCAAAUAGUAGGAGCCACUAGUGACCCAAAACCUGGAGCAUAUCCUUCCUAUCCCAGUCUAAACCCUGUUGUCGCUUCAAAUUGGUCAGGGCCCGUUCCAUUCCCUAUUCAAGCGGCAACAACAACCCUUCUAGGAAAAGGAGCAAAACAAUGGCGUAGCGGAGAUUGGAUGUGUGCAAAAUGCAACAAUCACAAUUAUGCAUCUCGAGCUCAAUGCAAUAGGUGUAAGACUCAGAGAGAGACUGUGACUCAGCCGGUAAAGCCGGCAUUGUCGCCAUUUAAUGCUGGUUUUGAUUCAUGAAGAUUUCUCUAGUACAUUGCUCGGGUUAUUUUGUUUCUCUCUCCUUACUUUCAUGUACAACAGAAAAACAGAAGCUAUAGGUUUGGUAUUCAUUAGUUAUGAUAGCAAUUCUGAGUUUUGAAUUGAGAAUGGUGCAGAGCUUUGUUUAACUUUUUGUAUAAUACUAUAUUGUAUAAUUUGAAUGGUAUUUCUUGUGUAAAUGGUUUAAAACCUUGUGAUG